GCCAAGGACAUGGCGGCCACGUUGGGGAACGGACAGCGUUGGACUGAAGCGUACCUGGAGGCACUUCGGAGGAGUCGGUAUCCGGCGGGCGACCCCGGGGAGCGGGCCGACUGCUGCGCUUGCUGGGAGUGCGUGAAGGCCAGGAAGGAAAGAGCCCUGGAGAGCGAGCGGAGGAGUCCAGCACAGUCCGGGGACGGGAGCAGGACCUACACGGAGGAGCAGCUUCGCGGGGUGCGAAGGAUUGAGCAGUGCAGAAACUACUACGAGAUCCUGGGCACUGAAAGAGACGCCAGUGACGAGGACCUGAAGAAAGCCUACCGGCGGUUAGCCCUGAAAUUCCACCCCGACAAGAACCAGGCUCCCGGAGCCACGGAAGCUUUCAAAGCCAUCGGCCACGCCUUCGCGGUGCUGAGCAAUCCCGACAGGAGACUCCGGUACGAUGGGCUCGGGAGCGAGCGAGAGCCCGUGGUCACCCCCCAGAAGAGACCCGCGCGCUGCUACGAGGAGUUCGAGGCGGACAUCACGCCCGAAGACCUCUUCAACGUGUUCUUCGAAGGGAGCUUUCCCACAGGAAAUAUCCACAUGUUUUCCAACGGCACCAAUGACGCCCACCAUUCCCGCCGGAGGCACCGCAAUGAGAGGGUGCCCACCCAGGAGGAAGAGGAGGAAGAGAAGCCUCAGAACCCCUACUCCGUGUUCAUCCAACUGCUGCCGGUUCUCGUGAUCGUCGCGAUAUCGGUGGUUACCCAGCUGGCAGCCACCACCCCCCCGUACAGCCUCUUUUACAAGGCGUCCCUGGGGCACACGGUUUCCAGGGAGACACAGACCCUGCAGGUGCCUUAUUUUGUCAAUAAGCACUUUGAAAAGACCUACGAGGGCGCAUCCCUCCACGACCUGGAGAAGACGGUCGAAAAGGAUUACAUAGAUCACGUCCAGACCAGCUGCUGGAAGGAGAAGCAGCAAAAGUCCGACCUGAGCAACCUGGCCAAACUGUACCGGGACGAGCGCCUGAAGCAGAAGGCCGAGUCGUUGAAACUCGAAAACUGCGAGAAACUGGCCCGUCUCCUCGGCGUCCCCAGGCAAGGCUGACCGUCCCCCCCCUUCCCCAGCCCCGU